AGUUCACUAGAUGUCAGUCAUAUUUUCUGACGACCAUUUUACGUGAAAAAUGAAAGCAAAUAAGUGAAGAAAGAAACAUAGAAACACUUUGAGGAAGUUAAUUUAUUCGAAAAAAUAAAAAUCUCAAAUUCAAUAUACAAAACUGUAUAAUUGUCGAUCACAUCAGUCUAGUGAAAACAAAGAUUUUUUGUUUCCAAGAUGUCGAAUCCAGACGAAUUGCCACAUCCAAAAGCGGACUUUAACGCUCCGCCACCAUACGAAGCAACGGAUUAUACGGUUCCUUUACCGCCUCAAGCUCAAAGCAAAUUGCCCACUUAUGAAGAGGUACAGUUGGAAAAAAGCUUGCAUGGUGAGCUACCAAUGCCAUCGGUUCCGCCUGGUUCAACAGUGACUCGUGGGAAUCAGAUCGGUCCCAGUCAACCGGCGCUGACAUUCAUCGCCAUCGAUCCAACCGAUACAGAAAAUAUCACCGGAACGGAUAAUAGUCUCCUCGGCAGUGAUCUCAUGUUUGUGACUUCGUUUCUCGUCUCGUUUCUCUUCAACUGGAUUGGAUUCUUGAUGUUGACAUGCUUUUGUCACACAAUUGCGGCCCGGUACGGAGCUCUGUCCGGUUUUGGAUUGUCGUUAGCUAAGUGGACAUUGAUUGUGAAGCAUUCAACGGAUUUGGCAUCGCACGAAAAUUCGUGGCUAUGGUGGCUGAUAAUGGCAUUUGGAUUUUUGAUUUGUGUUAGAGCAUUAGUGCAAUACAUAAGCAUUAAGCGUACAUGGCGCUUAUUGUCUGCUUCAGCCCAGGAAAGAUUGUUGUUCUUUUAUUGAAUGUGAUUUUGUUUUAUUUCUGUUUUUUUAUCAUUUUCCCGAAAUAUUAAUGGGAGCACAGUGUUUUGUGCACUAUAAAAUUACACUUUUCAUUAGGAUAGUUGCUGCGUAAAUGUACGUCAAUUUAGGAAAUAAUCUUAAUCUUGUUUAUAAUUUAUUGAAAGGAUUUUAGCCAACUGAUACAUUAAUAAGAGACGGAGAUUUGGAGGCUACCAUUUCUCUUCUUUGAAUAUUUCCUUCGUCGCUUUUAAUUCGUCGAGAGUAAGCCGAGCGUUCAAACAACAAAUUUUAGAUGUACCAUCGAGAUGGACGUUUGUUGGGUAACGAAAAGGAAUAAAUGUAAAUAACUUAGUGGUAAAAAUCUUGUUAAUAUGACUACAGUUGUGACGAAGUGCUAAUGUAUUUACAGUGUUGCUACAAUGUUUACUGCCCAAUGGUAUUUCAGUUUACCGACUGAUUUUUACAAUUCAGGUUUUGUUUAGCUUUUGUUUGCCUUAAAAAAAAGUUCAAGAUCAGUGAGUCACAAAAUUAAACCAAUUGGUGUGCUAAAGUCACAGCAUCCUUUUCGGUGAAUAGAUUAGGCCUAAUAUUGGAAUGUAUGACGACCGAAUAUUUCCUUUUUUAUGCCGAUUUUAGUGCACAUUUGGCACAAUUUGAAGCUUUCAUAAAUGCAUUUUGUGACUAAAUUUAAGGUUGCUUCACAAAAUAGAGUUAGUGUUCUACACAUCAUGUUGCUCACUUUUUUAUAAAACAAAAUUUAAUUUUCAUGCAACUUGGUUUCAAAAUAACUAAUUCUGCUCCUUUUUUCUAAAAUAAAUGUUAAACGGGCCACAAUAUCCUAAAAAAAAUCAAUUCAAUAUCCCUACAAUGCAUAGAUCAGUAUUUAUUCAAUCAAGCAUUAUAACGAUCUAAUCCACUUUUCAAUAGAAUUAGAAAAUAGUUGUUGUUGUCUCCGUACACCGAAUUUUGUAAUAAGAAAAUGUCUGAUGAAGGACUGAGUAUGUGUUUCGAAUUAAAUUUCAAUCAAUUGUGUAGCAAGUAUUUCGCUUCUAGGUGAAGAAAUAUAUAGGCUGGACGUGUAAGUCAGACUACGUGGAGAAGAUAACAGAUAAAUUUUAAAGACGUUGGGUACUGAUUUUAAAUCUUACAAAAUUCUUAGCUUAUUUACAAAAAAAAACCUUUUAUCUUUACAAUGCUCCCCAUCAUUUUUGAACCUACUGUCAUAGAAAUCGUGUCAUAAUUAGAUGAAUUGAUAUUAGAAUAUUAGUAGACCAUAUUUUACGUCGCAUCAGACCCCAGAAUGAAAACCAAAAAAGGGAAAGGAGGAAAUUAUUGAAAAAUAACGGGAUAAUAAUUGCAACAAAGAAACAAAGCAAAACAAAAAUAUAUUUUCAUACAAACAUUGAUCACGUUAAAUUGUUCUCUAUGUCCUAAGAUUGUUCUUUUUUUUCGUACAACAGUCCAUACAAAUGAUGUACUUAUACCAUAAGCCGAAUGCAAAAGAGAGAAAG